AGAGCAAUCGUUAGUUAUACAUACAAAAAUGUUCGCCAAAUUCGUAGCUGUGUGCGCCUUAGUGGCAGUCGCCAAGGCUGGUCUGCUCCCCGCUGCGGUCCACUACUCUCCCGCCGAAGCUGUCUCCUCGCAAAGCAUCGUGCGCCACGAUCAGCCCCGUGGUAUCGCCACCAAGCUGGUUGCUGCUCCCGUAGCUAAGGUGGCUGUAGCCGCCCCCGUAUACCACGCGCCCGCUCCUGUCGCCUACGCGCCUGCCCCCGUUGCCUACGCGCCCGCCCCUGUCGCUUACGCUCCCGCCCCUGCUGUAUAUCGCGCUCCCGUCCAGUACACUGCCCCCAUCGCCAAAGUGCUUGCACAGCCUGAGGAAGUUGCGUACCCUAAAUACGACUUCACCUACUCCGUCGCUGACGGCCACACCGGGGACAACAAGUCUCAGCAAGAAUCCCGCGACGGUGAUGUUGUGAAGGGCUCGUACUCUCUGCAAGAGGCCGACGGCUCCAUCAGGACUGUGGAGUACACCGCCGAUGACCACAACGGUUUCAACGCGGUCGUACACAACAGCGCCCCCAAGUCCGCUCCCGCUGUUAUCAAGGCUCCCGUUUAUGCGUCAGCACCAGUCUACUACAAACCGGUAAUGAAAAUAACAAUAAUAAUUUUUCAGAUCGUGACUUUUUGCGCUGUUGUGGCGGCGUCCCAGGCGGGACUUCUGCCGGCAGCCGUGCACUACUCACCCGCCGCGGCCGUCUCCUCCCAGAGCAUUGUGCGCCACGACCAGCCCGCUCUCGCCACCAAACUGGUAGCAGCCGCACCUGUCGCCAAGCUGGCCGUCGCUGCCCCUGCAGUGUACCACGCCGCCCCCGCAGUGUACCACGCUGCCCCCUCAGUGUACCACUCUGCCCCCGCAGUGUACCACUCAGCCCCUGCAGUGUACCACGCCUCCCCCGCCCCAGCUGUAUACCAAGCCGCCCCUGUUCGCUACGCAGCCCCCGUCGCCAAAGUACUUGCACAGCCUGAGGAAAUUGCAUACCCUAAAUACGAUUUCACAUACUCCGUCGCCGACGGCCACACCGGUGACAACAAGUCCCAGCAAGAAUCUCGCGACGGUGAUGUUGUGAAGGGCUCGUACUCUCUGCAAGAGGCCGAUGGCUCCAUCAGGACUGUUGAGUACACCGCCGAUGACCACAACGGUUUCAACGCGGUCGUACACAACAGCGCCCCCAAGUCCGCUCCCGCUGUCAUCAAGGCUCCCGUUUACGCGUCAGCGCCAAUCUACUACAAACACUAAAUAGUCAUUCGAUGCCAUUAUAUUAAAUGUUAA